UCCCUUCACCCCCUUCUUCCAGCCCCCGCCCCUCCCUACUCUCUCCCCUGCGCCAUUCCAGCCCCUCCCCAGUUCUCCUUCCGCCUCAGUCCCUUGCUUCCCUUCCCCCUCCUCUCCUCAGCCUCGCCCACUCUGCCGUUCCGCCCACCCUAAGUCCUCCGCUCUCUCCCCCGUACCUUCCCCCUCCCCUCAACGCUGUCUGACCCUUUAGGGACCCCGUAGCUCACUUCCGGUAGUGAGAUCCCUGAGCGGAAAUGACGUUGACGGAGCCGCGGGAUUCAAACUCCCGGAAGCGGAGGUGUGGUUUUGUGGAGGGGGAUUUAUAGCGGUGUUGUUGCCGCUGCUGCCCAGAACACUUGGAGGAUGACAUCAAAGGCCACCAAAGAUAUAAUUAUUGGCAAGUGGGGAUUCAAAUCUAGUAACUCCAAAUCUGAGACUGAGUUGGAGAAGUAUAAAAGAGAGAAUGCAGCCCUCAAAAAGUCAAUGGAGGAAAUCAUUAAAGGGAAAAGCAAAAUGACAGAUACAGAAAGGAAUAGACUUUUAGAGAAAAUACUUGCCCUUGAAACUGAAAAGGAAAAAUAUAUCUGUCGAUUUGGGGAGAAGGAAAAAGAAAUCCAAAGCCUACAAGACAAGCUUAAAACCAGAAAUAAAAGUAGUGAUGUCACUUCACUACUUGGACAACUUGAAGAGAAAACAAAGGAAGCGGAGAGGAGAGAACUACUACUUAAUUCCCUGUCAGAAGAGAUGGACCGUUUGAAGCAUAAUUUAUCUACAGUUACUGCAAGAUGCUCUGAACUUGAAAACCGAGCCAGCACCUUCCAGUUGUCCCAGAAAGCUGUAAUGAACUGCACGGCAUCACCAAGUAAUCUUAAUGAAGUUGAAAAACAAUUGAAAGAUGCUCUGGAGAAAAACCAGCAGUGGCUGUUAUAUGACCAGCAGCGAGAGGCAUAUGUCAUGGGACUGUUGGCAAGGAUCUUUGAACUUGAGCAGCAGUUAGAAACAGUUAACCAACAGCAGGCAAAAGAGGCCACUGCAGAAGGUUACCUUCAAGAAGAAAAACAAAAAUAUUAUGAUCAGCUUUUACUGACUGCCAAGAAUGAUCUUGACACUGAAAGACAAACUAUAACCCAGCUGAGAUCUGAACUUAAUGAAUUCAAAAAGAAAUAUGAAGAAACAAAACGAGAAGUAAUCAGUUUAAAUAGCUUAUUGCAGUCACAAAGCAAUGUUGCUACACAGACUCUAGAAGAUGAAAAUAAAAUCAAAGGAGAUAAAAUACAGAGGUUAAAGGAAGAGAAUGAAACUACCAGAGAAAAGCUCAAAGAAGAAAAGAAGAAGACUGAAGAUCUCUUAUCUCAGGUCCAAUUUCUUCAUAAAUCUUUGUUAAAACAACAACAAGAACACACCAGGAUAGCUUUGUUGGAACAACAGAUCCAAAUGUGUACUGCAGAUUUUGAGAAUGAAAAGCUUGAUCGCCAGAACUUGCAGCAUCAGUUGAAUAAAGUUCUUAGGGAGCUACGCAAGGCAAGGGAGCAAAUAACACGACUGGAGCCCUUGAAACUCCAAGAAUUUGGACAUACAGAGCCAUCAAACGGUUUGCAAGCAGCAUUUGAAGAUAUGUUGACAAUAAAAGACAAAAAUCCCUCACUGAAACGUUCAAAUCUACUUGAUGAAAGCUUCCUUGAGUGUCCCAAAUGUAAAGUACAGUAUCCAACAAGCCAGCAUAGAGAGUUACUAGCUCAUAUUGAUUUCUGUGCAGAUUAAGCUCCAAAUGGAAUUGCAUAUGUAUACUGCAUUUUAAAUGCAGCCAGGAUUUUAUCCUACAAAAGGAAAAAAUGGCUUUUUAACUCCUUUUCUUUUUUUAAGGUUGUAUAAAAGACUAGCACAUUAGUUUCAUAUUCCAAUUUAACAAGAAUGGAAAAUUAUUGUAAUUUAUUUGGCUUUGUAUAAAUAUUUCACUCAGCAUUUUUGUGAAAAGGUAUCUGGAACCACAAGUUCAGUGAAUGAGAAUUUAUCAGAAAUAGGAAUAUUUUAAAAUGGUAAACUACUGACUUUGUUUUUGCACUAUUAAAGCUAUGUAUUGGGGCCAGUAGAAAUAACAGCUAACUCCCAUAAAGGGUCUUCCUCUGUUUCCCAUACCCAGCUACCUUGCUCCACAUAAACAGGCCUCAAAAUGAAGAGUGACAUACUUCUAGAGCCUCAUAGCUAGAACCACCAUAAUUGAGAAUAGCUAUAUAAAUUUGGUUUUGGCUCUAAUACAAUAAUUGCAUUCCACUAGAGAAUAGGUUCAACAUCUUGAUACCAUAAACUGUUUUGCAAGAGGAGUUAAGAUGUUUUUCCUACUGAUGGGUGGUGUUUUCAAUGUGUGUCUUACUCAGCACUCGCUCCCUUGUAUCAAACAAUCUGGCGUGAGCUAAGGCUGUUGUGGAAAUGGUGGUCAGUGAGCAAACUCUUCUCAAACCAAUAUUAAAUGUGGAAAACAAAUUUCUUCCCAGCAAAUAUUAGUCUACUGAAAAAUUGGAAGCCCCAGUUUCAGAGAGCAACCAGGCACCUUUUUAGAAGCUGAAAUGUCAGUUUAUUAUGUUGAAGCACACUCCUGUUUGCACUUCUAUAUCCUACUUCUUAAAGUUGGGAAAUGUAACUUACCAGAAACCCUGUUUUACUUCUCUGGGGAUUUUAAGAGUCCCUAUUUUGCAAAUGGAAUAUUAAUAAAAUGCAGUUGGGUUUCUCAUUCUGAAGUCACUGUACUUAUUUUAUUUUUUUAAAUAAUAAGGAAAACUAAUAAAGGCUUGCACACUGGUAGCGCACAUUA